CUAGACCCUGUGCAUUUGAGGGCUUUUAAACGAUGGAGGGCCGUAGCUAGGGUUCAGGGUUUUUGUUAUUGAGGUUGAGUAUGGGGAAGAAGAAGAAGUUCAUCGACAAGAAGAGCUCUGCGACGUACCGCCUCCUCUUCCGGGACUCCUCCGACCCCAGUGCCGGCGUCUGCGAAGGAGCCGCCGCCGAGCGCGUCUUCGUCAGGGUCGACCGCAACCCUCUCCCCUCCCGUUCUCUCCUGGAUGCAGACGAUGACGGUGAGCCCAAUCCGGACCUCGAACCCGCGGACGAUUCAAUUUUCGCCGACGCGGAUGAUGACGAAGACGAGGUUGACGUCGGAGGGGAAUUGGGGAAUUCUGCUGGGGAAUCUCGGCAAUCCGGUGCAGGAUUGCGACCGUCGGGUAAAACGGGAGUCUUACAGGAGGAAGUGAGGAAGGAGAUCCUGGAGCUAGGGUUUCCCGACGAUGGGUAUAAUUACCUCGUCCACUUGAAGGAAAUCAGGCACGCUGGGGGCGGCUCGGCGUUCUUCCCCAAUUCGAAGGCGAGGCUUGAUAGGCUGCCGAGCGACGUGAAGGCAUAUGAUGCGUCCAAAUUGCCCAUGCAACCAGAGAGUGCACAUAUUGAUUCUCUAUACACUGUGGCUUCGAAAACACACAGCGUGAAAGUUCAGAAAGCUGUUGAUCCUGAUAUAGCUGCUCUUCUCGAUGAUGACGACAUUUCGCGAUUUGAAUCAAGUGGGGAGGAACUUGAGGAAGAUUUUGUGUUGCUGGCCAAUCAGCCCGAAGAAGGCGAAAAACAAGUAACUGAAGACAAGAAGGUCGCUUUGAGUGCAAACCCCAGUUAUGCUUCUUCCAUGCGAGACGAGACGAGGGCCACUUCUGCCACUUCUAGUCUUUCAGCGGUUGAGAAGCCCAGAGUUCGUCGGCUUAUUGACGAGCAAUUUGACCUGCUAGCUCUGAGGGAAUAUGGCAGUGAUACCGAUGAUUCCGAGGAAUAUGAUAUUGACGCUGCAGGAGAUGGUGAUUUGCUUGCAGCUAAGCUUAAUCAGGCUCUUAAGGAUCAUGUAAUGGAUGACUUGGACAUUCUGAACAAGUAUGAAGCCCCUAGGAGUUCUGAGCCUCAGGAUUUAGCACUUGACCAAGAUUUAGAACUUGAUCCUGCAGCUGAUGUGAAGAAGAAGUGUGCAGAAUAUGCUGAGAUGUACGCCAAUGAAAGCAUAGAAAACACUGAGACUGUCUUUGUUGAGGAGAGCAGCAGUGAUGAAUCUGAAAAGUGGGACUGUGAGACGAUCAUUUCUACAUACUCAAAUCUUGACAACCAUCCUGGAAGAAUUGGGGAGCCAGAAGCUCCCAGGAGAGGUGUUGAGCGUGCUUCUAGGGGUUUGCAAUCAAGCAGGCCUCUGAUUUCUCUUCGUGGAAAGAAUAUGAUCCCUGUGGAUUUCUUGCCUUUCAAGAGAGGAAGCACCACGACCUCUGACAAGGCAAAGGCAGAGGCAGUUGUGGCGAUAAAUGACAAGAAGGGAAGAAGUCAACGGGUUGAGACCAAAGAGGAAAAGAAGGAAAGAAAGGCUGCUGUGAAAGAAGAACGACGAGAAGCACGGAGAGCAAAGAAGGAAUUCAAGGGCAUAUACAAGGGAGAAGCAAAGCUUGCCCAACGCGUUGCUGCUCUUUCCGGUCCUAGUGCCAUUCGUCUCAUGUGAGCAAGCGCUUGAAGUUGUUGAAUGUGCUUUGCUGGUUUCGUGCUUUUCACCUGUUAUUAUUGGCCUAGCCUUGUGGCGAAGGAGUGGUCUAAAUCACCCUGGUGGAUCUUGUUUUGGAUGUAGAAAUUUGAUUUAUAGUCUAACUCUAUAAUACAGAAAGUUUCUGGUUGACUCGA